CUCGAGCUGUCCUCGUCCGCCCCGUCACCGAACCUGGCACACGUGGGAGGUGCCCCGGCGCUGUCCUCAGCCCCACCGACACACGCGUGGGCCCCAUGGCGCCUGCCGCGGCGGCGAUCCUGCUGCUGGCGGCGCUGCCCCCGCGCCCCGCCGCGCUCGGCGUGGCACCCCGCCGCGAGGGCCUGGCGCCCCAGAGGGGCACGCUACGCCGAUACGAGGCCCAGGAAAACGAGAAGCUCGACAUCGGCCAAACGAACAAGGUCGGCGUCACCAGAUACGACAAGGACAGGAUCCGCGCGAUCAAGAGCAAGGCUGGUGCGUGGUGGCCAGACGCGGGGGCGCGGUCAUCCAAGCUGGAGGGUGCUCAGGAUCUCAGCGACAACGUGUCUUGGGGAUGGCACCACCCCAACGGCAUCUACGCCACCAUCCCGGUUGGCGCUCCGCUCAUCGACGCCAGCUCGAACAUCUAUCUCUCCUCGGACGACGCCGUCCGCAAGUUCACUGCCAGCGGAGAGCUCGAGUGGAGCUACGCUCCCCGCGGCCAGAUUGCAGCCGCGCCCUCCUUGGUGCAGGUCUCCGCGGCCCGGCGGGAGGGGUUUGUGGUGCCGGCCCCACCCGCGACCAUCUCCGACGAGGCGGCGCUGGGCGGCGGUCCGCCCGCGACCAUCUCCGACGUGGCGGCGCCAGGCGACAGCGCCGACGAGGGCGAGCUGAUGCAGGACUCCGAGGCCGAGGAGCAGCUGGCCCCGUCGUGGACCAAGCAGGAGGACGCCUCGUUCAUCCAGCGCGCACGCGCGGCCAGGGCCGCCGGCCAGGGCGCGGGAGCUCGCGCCGACGCGCGGCACGAUGACGGAGAGGAGCAGCACUGGCAGGCCAAGGCGGGUGCCCGAAGGUCGAGCACGAUCCUCGUGAGCAGCACGACAUCUGGCUACGUGUUCGCCAUCGACGUCGACACCGGGGACGAGGUGUGGGCAGUUCAGGCGUCUGAUCAGAUCGCUGGCGUGAAGGGGGUAGUCUCUGGUUAUGCUGGCACAGUGCUAGUGGCAACGAACCGUUGCACUGACAGGUACUGUUACCGCUACCGCAGCACGUCGAACCCUCUGACUCCAGGCAACACCUGGGUCCGAGCCCUGAGUGCGGUGGAUGGCUCUCUCAUCUGGUCGUUCAAGCCCCACUCGCCAGUCUGGAAUUUUGUUCCGCAGUACGGCAAGAACGGCGACGCAGUGAUGUUCAAUGACUUUGAAGGUGCCGUAUACUCAAUGGACCUUCAGACAGGCACUCUUAACUGGAAGGCCGACGGCGCCAUGGGGACGCAUACCCAGGCGAGUUGUGCGUACAGCUCCGAACUCGACCAGGUUUUCUCGUUGGGCCUGCACACGUACGAUGGGGAGGGGUGCAAUCCGUACGUGCCCAAGGGCAUUCAGCCAGACUGCGGCGAGCACACUGGCUCGCCAGGCUGGGUGAGGGGCAUCAACGCCAGCUCCGGGAGAAUGCAGUGGGAGACCGAUUUGCCUCAGCCCCCCGCCAGCGUGGCCGUCGGCUUCUUGAACACUCCGAAGUACCACAUGCGGUUGGUCGUGUCCAUGGGCUACAACUGCCACUACGGAGCCACGUCUGCGCUGUGGACCAUGAGCCCCGAGAGCGGCCACCCCCGCGUCAAGAUGGACGGCCCAACGUUGUGGGGCGCGAUGUGCGCCGGCGACAGGGAGGGCGGCGACAUCCGCCGAGCUUUGGGCGGGCGGGCAUACUGCGAGCCUGGCGCGUGGUCCACCCCUGUAAUCGACGGCAACGGCGACAUCUUCAUCGGCAAUCAGGUGGGGGAGCUGCAGAGGCUAGGCGCGAACUCUCCGACUGCAACGGGGUCUAAGCAGUUCGAGCUGCUCUCCACGCUGACCACGGAUCAGGCCUUCCAGGACCAGGCCAUCACACUCGCCCCGAACAUCAUGGCCGUGGCUACCUGCACCUCUCUGAUUGUUUUUCAUACGUACCUCAGCAACGACACGUUCGGCAUCAACGGCACGUGGGAGUUUUCGCCGUGAGGUCCUGCGUACCUUGAGUGGGAGGACGCAGCCAAGAGAAUUGCGCGGCGAUGUAGUGGUAGUUCUGCAGACCCAGCCAUGCUUGGUGGCGUGGGAUCGCACAUUCACAUAUGCUGGAAUAUCACAUUCACGUGUUUCACGCCGACUGGUUAUGUGGUGCGCGGCCUGCAUUCGGUAAACAUUGCACCCGUUAUGUAACCGA